AUGGCAGAGAAAAGACUCUUCAAAGAGCUCAAGCAGCUAGUCCGAAACCACCCUCUGGCUGCCAAUAAUCAAAUCGUGGAGUUGGCGCCCGUGGACGAAGAAACAUCCAUUUUCAGGUGGAAAGCAGUGAUUGCAAAACCUAAAAAGGAUGAUAAUCCAUAUUACUAUAACGGCGAAUGGACUCUAGACAUCGUUGCUGAUGCCUCCUACCCUAUAAAGCCUCCAAUGAUCAAAUUCUCCAGAGAGACACCCAUCAACCAUCCCAAUGUCAACAUUGACACUGGAGAGAUUUGCCUAGAUAUCUUGAAGAACGAUUCCUGGUCGCCGGCAUGGAAUCUUGAACAUUUGGUUCUUGCAAUCUUGAUGCUCAUAGAUAAUCCUGAGCCAGACUCUCCGCUCAAUGUGGACCUGGCCAAUCUCUUCCGUUCUGAUAAGGAAGCGUUUGAGUCAGUUGUCCAAUACACUAUCUGGAAAACAAACACCAUGUACGAGGGACAGCGAGACGUCUCCGGCGUGAAAAGCUGGGCUAUACUUGCGUACCAAUAUUCCAGCGAGGAGGAGGACCACGAUAGUGAGACCGAGGAGAGAGAAAGAGAGCGUGAACGCCAGGAAAAGCUCAGCAGGGUACUGUCACGGGUUCAAUCUAGAGCACAGUCCAGAGCACAGUCCAGGGUCCAAUCUAGGUCACAUUCGAGAGCGCAUUCGAGAGCACCUUCUCCUGGACCAGGGGAACUAGAGCCCUCCGCCCACUUGAUGGAGACAAUUGACUCGAUUGCGUCUGCAAAGGAACUUCAGGCACAUGUGUCUGUUGUUCAGAGUGUGGGCGAGGUGGUGAAACGUGAACUCAUCGAGAAGGCAAUUGAGGUGGAGGCCAGCUCACCCACCAACGCCCAGUCGUCAGCAAGUCAAAUGCAAGCUGCCCACGAACGCGUGAGAGAAAAUGUCACUAAGCAAGUGGAUGAAAUUUGUAGUUCGGCGAGCAACCUGGCGAGCAGUCUCCUGCCCCCCAGAAUUGAAAGAGAAGAGGACAAAGCGGAUAUGGAAGAGGUUAAAGCACAAUUUCUCCGGCAGGUCGACGAGCAGGUCCAUGAGAUCCGCAACCUCCGCGAACGAACUGUUGUUGAGUAA